AUGCCUCUCUCGGACAAUAAGAAGAUCGUGGAGAACAGCGAAGAGUUGAUCGUGACUCUUCGUAAGAUUUUUGGCAAAAAUCCUGGAGUCAGACCUGCGCAUGCCAAAGGGCUGCUCUUGGAGGGAACAUUCACACCGACCGCGGAGGCUUCGUCACUCUCCUCAGCACCUCAUUUCAAGCGUGCCUCAACGCCAGUUGUAGCCCGGUUCUCCAAUGCCAGCGGGUUUCCACAGUUGCCCGACACUGAUAAAAAUUCGAUCGCGAGUGGGUUCGCGAUCCGAUUUCAACUGGAGGAAACUCCCCGACGCGUGCACACGGACAUUAUCACAGUCGCCAGCCCAUUUUUCCCAGUGAAGAAUGCCGAAGAGGCCCUUGGGUUCUUUGGGGGUGUCGCCGAUGGGACGGUGGAGCAGUUCGUCGCCACGCAUCCUGCGGCAGCAAGGGCCGUCACGGCUCCCAAGAAGUUCCCCGUCAGUCUGGCUACCCAGAAAUACUUUGGUAUCCAUGCAUUCAAGUUUGUCAAUGCGGAAUCGGCGGAGACGUACAUCCGCUACCGUUUUGUGCCUAAGGCGGGCGAGAAGCAUCUGGAAGAUGAGGAUGUCAAGACAAAGCCCGACGGUUAUCUCUUCGACGCAUUGCCAGGGAUCGUGGAGACUGGCUCUAUUGAAUUUGACAUCGUAGCCCAAAUUGCCGAACAAGGCGACGUCACAGAUGAUGCCACCGCUAUAUGGCCGGAGGAUCGUAAGAUCGUUAAGCUAGGCACCGUCUCCCUGAAUAAGAUCAAGGAGAACAAUGAGGCCGAACAGAAACAUAUCAUCUUUGACCCCGUGCCGAGAGUCGACGGAAUCGAACCAUCGAACGAUCCUUUGAUCGAUCUUCGGGCUACGAUAUAUCUUCUUAGCGGCAAGGACCGCCGGGCUGCUUAG